AUGACGCCGUCCCUGUCUCGCAGCGACGGGGACCUGUACAUGUCGUGUGCAUCCUGCGGCUUCCGAGGGCCACGACUACUCCGAGUACGCGGAGGACGCUACGGUCGCCGCCAACGGCAAGAAGCCCGACAGCUCACCGUUCCUGGAGGCAUCGAACGCGAGAACUCGUCGGGGGCUUUCCCGCGAAACAUCUCCAGCGCACAGCUCUCCAUGGGCGGCAGCUCCCGGGAGCCCUCCCCGCCGGCGACUCCGCACAUGGGCCGUGCGGUGGGCAUGCCGGGCAACGCCUUGGAGAAGGCGCCGCUGGCCGAGCCCGAGCCGGUCUCCGUGGUGGUCAACGUGAUGCCUCAGCAGAACCAGGGUGCCGAGGAUGCCAACAAGACGUCCGACGAGCCCAAGGAACUGCCUUAUGCCGUCAACCAGUUCCUGCGCAAGCAGAGGAAAGGAACCAUCGACGUCUGGUGGCUGUACGACGACGGAGGUCUCACGAUGCUCAUUCCGUACCUACUGACCAAUCGCAACAACUGGAGUGGAUGCAAGCUGCGCGUCUUCUCGCUGGCCAACAAGAAGGAGGAACUGGACCGGGAUCAGCGAAAUAUGGCGUCGCUGCUGAGCAAGUUCCGGAUCGAGUACUCUGACGUCACAGUCAUCCCGGACAUCGUGCGACCCCCGGCUGAAUCCAGCAAGCGCGAGUUCGAGGACCUGGUCCGCAAGUGGCGCCGGACGGAGGACGACGACACUGAGGUGGAGCACGAUCCACUCGAGAUCUCGGACUCCGAGAUGCUCGCGCUAAGGGACAAGACGUACCGACAUCUGCGUCUUCGCGAGCUGCUGCAGAAACAUUCCAAGAAUGCCACUUUGGUCGCUAUGACCCUCCCGAUGCCGCGCAAGAACACCUGCUCGGCCUCCAUGUACAUGGCGUGGCUGGAGACCCUAACCAGGGACCUGCCACCGUUCCUGCUCAUCCGAGGCAACCAGACUAGCGUGCUCACCUUCUACUCUUAGUGACGGCGUCGCGACGUGCCUUCUUCUGGCGCGAGCGCCUUGGGCCACGCAGCGAAACGUAUAGCACAUGCUGCGUCGUCGAAGCAACCUGAUGGCGACGACGACGACGAUGACUAGUGCGUCUUCGAAGACGACCAAUCUUGAUUCCCUGCUGGCGGCAUUGUGCGCGCGUCUCGCUGUUUGGACACGGGCGCGAGCCGGUGCAACUGGGCUUCCAGCCCUCUCUUAUUUUUGUGUACGUGUGCGUGCGUGCGUGUGUGCGCGUGUGUGUGUGUCGCGUUUAUUGUUUCUUACGGCCACCGUGGCGUCGAAGUAGCAGCCGCCGCGAGCACUUUCUUUCGAGGGUCCACUACACUAUAGAACACUCCGGCUGGACAACAGCCGUGCCAAGGUGAACAGACUCUUGUCGUCGUUACAUGGUGGUGACGGCGGUGCGUCUCGAAGAGACGUCAGUGUGUUGUUGUCCGCCUAGAACUUUAGUAUUAAGUUUCGUUGUUAGUCUUUUCUUUUCAUUGUUCUUUUAUCCUUUUUUACGCUCUUCUGUUCCGUACCCUUCUUUUGUGUGUUGGCGACUAUAGCAUCACAUAGUGACGGGCCGUAGCUCGUCGGACAUAUCGAAGAACUGGGUGGUCUUCCCUAGGCGCAGUCUGUUAGCGCGACCGUCGCGCCCCCCAUGUACAAAUGUUUCGGCGGCCCCUGCCCCCUCUGGCGAUGCCUUAUAGUUUGGUUGGGAAAACGCCCUCUACCUCUGCUGUAAUUCUGUCGUGAUAUAUGUCUUCUGUUCUGACCGAUUCGUCAAUAAGUGCCCACGUUGGCAAGCACCUGAAAACGAUCUCCAGAUUGUGUGUUCUGUAGGAACAGUGCAACCCUGUUACAAAAUAACUUCUAACUUCCCGUACACCGGUGUAGUGCAUGUCCGGUGAUAUUGUAUUGUGCCAUCGUGGAAUCAUUUGGACCGCCCUGGCCCUUUGUUUAACGCUUGUAUAAUAACCUGCGAUCAUGACCACAUUUCGGCGUCGUGUGCAAAUGUGCGUGUGAGAUCUGAGUGCGCAAUCAUAAGUCAUCUCGCCUUGUGCCUUACGAAUGCAUAAGCACGAAAUACUUGCGAAAACAUAAUGGUUCAGGCAGCAUAGCCAUGCAGUAAUCCCAUUUUCAUUCAAACCUGCCCGUCAUGCAACUUUUAGAACUCGCUGCACUGGUAGACUAAGUGGUAGUUUUUCUUUACAAUUAUUAUAGAUUAGCUCUUGUGGUGCGUUUGCGCUCCCGACUUGUUUUGUACCUUUAAAAUGACGCGAUGAUCUGCAUGUACAGCUCGGCCAACAUUACGUUACUAAGAAUCAUGCAAUGUGUCCCUCUCAUGACUGUUUCUGUAAGGCACUGUCCCUACAGUAUAAGGAUGGGACGUAAGCUCAUAGAAAGAAGGAAAAGUAGGUUUAGCAUUAAACUGUUGCGUGUACCCAAUGUUAACCCACAAAUCCGCCCAUUGAAUGGACUUCCAUGCGACCCACCUAAAAAAAACUGUAAGCUUUGGGACAUCGUUGUUAUGCGUUCGAUCGCCUGUAGCCCAGUUUUUUCUUUCUUUUUUGUCACAGGUCAAUAAUUUUGAUUAAGCACGUAGUACCGGGUCGCUUUACUAACGCAUAGCUGUAGACUGCUUUUGGGCGGCGUCGCAUACAUAUAUUUAACACCACGACGACAACAUUUUUGUUCCAGUCAAUGCAUUUAUGAGUGUAGAGUUUGCCCGCGGAUCGCAUUUUAAGUCUGCGGCCAACAAACUAGCUGACGCGAAGAAUUUUUACUAUUGUUAGUCUCGAGUGUUGUUCGUCAACUCCGUUGUGAAUCUCUCUGUCAUUUUGUUCUUUCUUGACAAGCCUCGUGGAUGCUUUUUUUUUUUUUUUUUUAAACCGCUGUCUCCGGUUAGAACGACCCCGUGCACGAAGUUUUACUCUUAGGCGACUGCGGUAUUGUAUUGUUAACUGCUGCGGUAUUCUGAAAGAAACUGGCUCGCAGGAUAUUUUACUUUUAAGAAAAUUUCUCAUCGAAAAAUAGACAACGACCGGCCGAGGAGAAAAGCAAAUUUUGCUUUUAACGUUGCGUUGUCGCUACAGUCUGAAGUGCCAGUUUGUUUCCCGGAAGACUAAAGUAACGGGGCGAAUCUUUACAUCGCCUUUCCGUCGAACAGCAUACAUUAACCAUUUAGGCAUCGUGGCAGUGCCUUUCACGCCGCGGACAUCGGUAAUUCCUUGUGGUUUUAUUUGCCUGCUGGCCAGCUUUAGUUAACGUUUCACCGUGAGCCAGGCAAGCAGAAAGGGAGUAUACGUAUAUGGAUAUUUGUGAAGUAGUACCGCGCUGUUAUAUUUUUUCCAUGUUAUGCGUGAAGCGACGUUUUAAAUGUCGACUUCUCCCGUUCACGAGCACGUCUUCCAGCUUCCCCUACGAGUACUUAUCCUGUAACUUUUCUUUCUGUACUGUUAGCAAUGCGCGUCUGUAACUUACAAUGUAUAGACGUAUACUGUUAGUGGCACAGCUCAUUUUUCCGCAUUUUUUUUUUUUAUUGGUGAGCAUAAACGAAACGUCGUCACAUUUCCGAGUUCAGUUAUUUCGCAGGGGGCCCUUAGGUACAUUGAGUCAAAGCUUCAGUUUAUUUACCUCUCAAUCCCCCCCCCCCCCCCCCCCCCUUCUUAACAUGGAUUACAAGCGUUUUCUUUAAUGUUGGGGUGAGGGAGUGCCCUCUAAGUAGCGUGACGCAGAGAAGCGUGAAAUUGUGACGUCACGCUAUUCGUCUGGGUGCUCAUACAGUCAAAGGCGAGCGCUAGCAAUGCGUGCUUUGCGGUGGAAACGUCGGCCCACUAACGUCGAGUCCUUUUGCCAUGCGGAACGCCUUGGUUCGUUUAUAAGACUUCGUGAAGAACAUGCGAUUUCCGGUCAAGCACGGUCAACUUCGCUUCACUUUGCUUUGCCAUCUCGCGGCAAAAUUUGUUCCUGCGUAUGUUUUUACUUUGUCAUGCAUGGAAACAAUCCCGUGUUGGAUGUUGUUCCUUGUGACGUAACAACAAUUCUGACGCAGCUGAACGACACCUUCUAUAUGUCAGAAGAGCUGCGCGUUUUGAUCGUAACGUCAUCUAGGAAGACAGCAUUGGCUAAGAGAUGUCCGAGGCUGCAAAGAAAACACAAAUACGCAAGUGUUCUUUUUUUUUCAGGGCCCCUUUAUAUUCUGUUAUCAUUUAUAAUAGAGAUAGAGUGUAGUUCCCUGGAGAUUGCAGUGGCUAUAAAUAUAAUGGCUUCACGGCAGAUUUUUCCUCCCUCGAUAACUCUGUGUGUAAUUUGUCAGGAGCCGCAUCAUUCGGAGACGCCGGUUCCGUCUUCGCUAGAAAUACAACUAUUUUUGUACUGCAAUGUAAAUAGGAAAAGUUUUCGACUACCACUUGAGGCAGUAUUUUAGUUGUACAUAGUUUGUCGCAGUGUCCUCUUCUGUGCAUUUUUUUUUUUUUUUGCGUUGGUGUAAAGUUGGCAAAUAACGCGAUAUAUAUAUUUUUUGCGCCUUAUUUGACGCUGACCUGUAUCCGUUCAGCUUUUUUUUUUUUUUUUUCUCGAGUAUGCGUAGCAAUUUGCAGUGUCAAAACAAAGUGCCUUUGGAUAGGGAGCGCAUUUGAACGCGCCUUUCACUGUUCACACUUGUUUUUAGAAAACUCAAUUUGCCUGGCCCACAUGGUCAUCUGCAUCUCCUCAUAUUGACUGUUCCAAUUUGUUUCUUGGGCUUCAAUAAAUGAGAGGAUGUGGUCCACUUA